AAACCAAACUCAUCUUUCUUUGUCAACCCACAUAACAUAAUUCUUUUGUGUGUGUUUUUUUGUUUUGUUUUGAAGCUGGCCACCCACGCUAUACUUUUCCAUCAACUGAGAAUAACCAGCAGUAUCGAUGUAGCCAGGAAGCUCCACAGUUUGGUUGCAGUGCAUGGGUAUCUCAACCAAGAAAAUCUUAGUGUUGUACUGGGCUCACAGCUCGUGCACACUUAUGUCAAGCUUGAUAGAUUCCAAGAAGCUCUUGCUCUCUUUCACCAGCUUCCCAAAAGGAACAACUUUGCAUGGAACUCCAUCCUCAGAGGCCUUGUAGAUGCUUCUCGCUUCUCCCAAACCAUAGAGUUCUAUCGGAUGAUGAUGCAACAAGGCCUGACGGCUGAUCACUAUACGUAUCCCUUGGUUCUCAAGGCUUGCUCUGCAUUGUUUGAUAUUGAACAGGGGAGAGAGAUUAGAAAUUCGAUUCAAUUUCAUGCUGUUCAUGAUGGCGCAAAACCCAAUAUAUAUGUUCAGUGCGCUUUGAUUGAUAUGUUUGCCAAAUGCGGGAGUUUGGAUGAUGCCCGGACUGUGUUUGAAGAAAUGCCUGAGAGAGAUUUGGUAUCAUGGAGUAGUAUGAUUGGUGGAACUGUGCAGCAGGGUGAGUGGUCUGAGGCUUUGAGUUUGUUCAGGAGGAUGAGAUUGGAGGAUUUUGGACUCGAUUCUGUGAUUUUAGCUAUUGUAAUUCCAGCGUGUGGUAGGCUGGCAGAUGUGAGACUGGGAAUGGGGAUGCACUGCUGUGCUAUCAAGUGUGGAUUCAAUGACUAUCUUUGUGUUUCAAACGCACUGAUUGAUAUGUAUUGCAAAUGCGGGCACUCUGACAUGGGCCGGUAUCUUUUUCGGCUUUUGGAUUGCAAGGAUAUCGUUUCUUGGAGCAGUAUAAUUGCAGGGCAUUCACAGAACUUUGAGUAUGUUGAAAGUUUGGCUCUUUUCCUUGAGAUGCUGUCAUUGCAUGUGAGACCAAGCCCAGUCACUAUAGCCAGUGUGCUUCCUGGCUUUUCUGAAUUCAAGCUGAUCAACAAGGGAAAAGAGAUCCACAGCUACGCCAUACGACAUGGGUAUGAGUUUGAUCACUUUGUGGCCAGUGCAUUGAUAGACCUAUACUGCCAGUGUGGACUGAUGAGAGAAGCAGAGUCCAUAUUUGAGAUCAUGUCAGACAGUGACAUUGCCAUCGUGAACUCAUUGAUAACCGGAUAUGCCUUGAAAGAAGACAUCGAAUCUGCAUUUGAGACAUUACGGGUGAUAAGAAGAGCAAAUCUCAGACCAAAUGCAGUGACCAUUAUCACCCUUCUUCCGCUGUGCAACCGCCUCACAAUGCUCAGCCAUGGGAAGGAACUGCAUGGUUAUGUGAUUAGAGGUGGCCUCCAAUCAGCUGUUUCUGUGAGUAAUUCAUUGAUAGACAUGUACUGCAAAUGUGGGUGUCUGGAACUCGGAAUGGAGGUCUUCAGACAUAUGACAGUCAGGGAUAUUGUGACUUACAACACCAUAGUAGCUGCACUGGGGAUGUACGGCCGAGGAGAAGAGGCAAUUCUAUGUUUUAAUCUGAUGAAAAAUGAGAGGAUUGAACCAAAUAAGAUAACAUUUAUAGCACUGUUAUCAGCUUGUAGCCAUGCAGGUCUUGUCGAAAUGGGUCAUUUGUUCUACAAUUCAAUGAUGCAAGACUAUGGUAUUGUUCCAGAUAUGGCGCACUACUCAUGUAUGGUGGACCUCCAUGCCAGGUCUGGCCGUCUGGAAGAUGCAUGGGAGUUUAUUCAAAAGAUGCCUCUGGAGCCAGAAAUUGAUGUGUUGGGGAGCCUACUGGGAGCAUGUAGAGUUCACAAUAGAUUAGACAUUGCCGAGCUUGUAGGCAGAAGCAUCCUUGAAAAGCAAACUGAAGAUCCAGGCUAUCACAUUCUGCUAUCUAAUAUAUAUGCAGCAGCUGAGAAAUGGCCUGAUGCAAAGAAGGUCAGAGAAAUGAUUAAAAAGAAGGGUAUGACAAAGAAGCUUGGUAACAGCUGGAUUCAGAUUGGAUGUUGCAUACAUUUCUUUGCCGCAAGAGAUUGGUCCCACCCAGAGUUCAACGUGAUAUAUGAGAUUAUGCUUGUCUUAUUUUCGCAGAUGAGGGAUGAAGGUUAUGCCCCUGACUUCCUGCAUAAUCAACUAGAAUUGGAGUAUGAUGGCAUGUAUGCUCUGUGAUUAGUAGCAGAAACCAAUGAUGUUUUUUUGGAAGUAAUUAACUCUGACCUUCUAUCAGUUAUUUACUUGGGGAGACAUUGCAAGACCUGAUCAGCCAUUGUUAUCAAUUAAGAAGUCUUCCAAGAUUUUCUCCACUGCACCUUAAAUUUUUUCCUGCCAACAGGGUUUCAAAUACAGGUCUGGCUUCUACUUCAGCAUAAAAAGAUGAAUCAUGCAGAUUAAUUAAGAAG